AUGGUCAGCAGUGGAAAGCGUCGAGAUGAGGAAGUAAAUACGAGGCAGUCAAAACCACGCACAGCUUUACCUGGACGGAAACGUAAAGGAUUUCUUGAAAAUUCACAGCUAUCGGAGAAAGAUCGUCGUCAUGUUCGAUAUAAAGAGCGCGAGCUACUGCAGAGUAUCAAGGAGAAUGCUCAUGACCUGGCAAAACUCUCAAGUGAUCAAUUUCAUACACAUACACAAGAAUUGGAUCAAAUGUACGACAGUGUGUGUUAUCCUCGUGAAGCCAAUCUAGACGCCAGCAACUUGGAUGAACUUAAUGUAGCGGUGGCUAAGCAGUCAGAGGCUUUAGGUUCUAGUGACCUUACGAAGUAUGACACAACAGAUUUAAUUCGUGCGGCACAGAACGUUUGCACAAUCGAAUCGCAAAAUGGAGAGUUUGAUUGGAAUACACUGGGAAAUGCCGCUGGUGCUUGCUUUCGAUCUGUUCCUGAAAGUUGUUUUCUCUUUGGUCUUAUGGACACAGAAGUAACACACAAGGAGAGAAAGAAAGCAAGGCGUGUAGAGGAAGAUGUGAAUGCGCAAGAAACACAACCAACAGAGUACACUAACAAGAAAGAUCGCAAAGAUGCUCAAGCUCGUCGAUUAGAGAUUUUGCAGACAAAGUUGACCGAAGGUGAGCGUGUGAAGCCACUUUUGGACUUGGUGAUUAAUCCAAAGAGCUUUACUCAGACAGUUGAAAAUCUAUUUGAUACAUCAUUUCUCGUGCGUAAUAAUUCUGCUGAAAUUGGCAUUGAUGGAGACUCUGGCCUUCCUUAUCUAAAAAAUCAAGAAGGAUUGGGCGAAGUGAAUCUUCCAGCAUCUUCACAGAGUAUUAUAAGUAUUACGCCAGCUCAAUGGGAGCAGCUUGUGCGUGUCAUGGGGCGAAAUGAACCGUUACUUGGACAUCGAGUGUAG